AUGCUUUCGCCCGAGGCUGUACGGCUACGCAUCGCUCUCGCCCUCGUCCUCCUCGAGCAUCAGCCGGCCGGACUCGCGCUUCACGAUUAUCUCAAGGCUUUGCGGAACGAGGUCAAGAAGCGACGGUCCGAGGGGCAGGUUGAGGACGAGAGCGUGACGUCGGAGGAUGCAGAGGGGUCUUUUGAGGAAGAGGAGGAGGAGCGGGACGACCCUGAGCCUGUUGUCGAGGCGGAGCAGGCGGAGAAGGCUGAGCAGGUUGAGGAGGUCGAGGAGGUUGAACGAGUCGAGGUGGCAGAGCCGGUACCAGAGCUUUCGCCGGAAGAACGCUUGCGAUCUGCCGCCUCGUCCCUCGGUGACACUGUCGCACAGGCCAUCGAACGCUUCCUUCACCAACUGACGCCCGACCCUUCCGUACCUUCUCAAUCCACGUCUCAUGCUCCCUCGCCCUCGUCUCGCCCCAUCAGCGGUUACGUCGGUGCGGUACUUGACGCUCUCGAGGGCGUACUGCAGGACGAGGAGGAAAAUUCGGCCGACGGAAGAGCUGGGAUGAGUUGGGAGCAACUCGGGACCAUCUUCGACUGGAUCAUGCCGCUGGUGGCGAGCCUGCCCGAGGCGGAGAAGCCGAACACUGAAGAGGAAGUAAAGGGGACCGGACGCAUGAAGACGAGGGGAAAGAAGCGAAAGGGAGGAAAGGGUUCUACAGCGGACGAGCCCGUGGAGCGGACGAAGGAGGGGCUGGUAGAGCAGCUCACGCAUCUCCUCCUGCGCCUCGCGACUCCCGCAUUCGAUGCACCUCUCGCUCUUUCCGUCUUCGCCUCGCUCCUCAUCCGGUUCACCUCCUUCUUUCCUCUCGUAACCCUCGCUCGUCCCCUGCCCUUCUUUCUCGACCAGCUCGCCUCGCUCCUCCCGCCUCACCUGCGAACCAGCGAAGUCAACGACUCCUCGCUUCAACGGCUUGCCGCACUCAUCUCCCUCCUCCACCUCGUCUUCGACACCCUUCCUCCUCCCGACCCCCUCCAACUCUUCCUCCUCGACCGCACGAGCGGCGCCCUGCGCCCACUCCGACUCUCGCUCGAACGCCUCACCCACCUCCUCACCUCGACAUCGACCUCUCUCGACCCGGACAACCUCUCUCUGCGGUUUCUGCCGGCAGAAGGGGACCAAGUGGCAGUUGUGACUGUCGAGGAAGCGGUGCUGGGCGUGCUGGAGCGGUGUUGGGAGUUUAGCGAGCUGGACGAGCGGGAGGAGCAGGAGGAAGUGGCUGUCGGAGCUGACGACGACUGA